CAAGACCUAAUAUCUCCAAGACUAACCUAAAAUUAAUUUCACUGCAAAUCCAUUAAUAAUGUUUCGGCAUUACUAAAUCUAUCUACAAAAUAAUCAAACAUUGGAGUUCAUCUCUAAACUAUUCCAAAGUCCUUGUUCCUAACACAGGCACCGUCAUAACACCCACCAAUUCGCCUACAACUACUUAUCCUACCUACAACUCUUCUCUAUCUUCUAGGAUAGUUCUUUAUAUACGAAUACUAACUAAGAGCUUACUACCUAGGCAAAACGCUCCUCCGUCCGCAUUUUUAAUUUCCAAUUUGUCGUUAUCCACAAUGCGGUCCAACGUUCCGGAUAACCACCAAAACGCUUCCUCUAACGAGGCGUCUUCCCAAUACGGGAGCCAUCCGUACGGGCCACAUGUGGGAACUUCCUCGUCUCCAUGGUUUCGGAAUACCUCGAAUACACCUCCACGUACAUUGAACCGUCUUAGAGACGAGAAUAAUUCGACCGCUUCCAUCACUGGAACCCAUCGUCCAGAUCAUAAUAGCAACCGUUCUUCCUGGCUAGAAGAUAAUACAGCCAACCGGGGACUUACGUAUUUCGACCCAAUCUUCCCAUCUCCAUCAAUCCACCCAAUAUCUACACCCCAGUUCCUCAUUACACCGUCGAGCGGAGGAGGAGGCUGGGGAGCCAGCGGAGGAUAUACUCCUAUGGGCCAAGGGGCCGCCUGGCGCUCCAGACACCUUGUACCUCCGGGCUUGUGGGAUCAACAGCUCGCCAUCACCGGUAUAUCGGAGAACUACGGAGGCAAUAUUUUCCUGCCCUCUAAUCAAUCCGCAAAUGUGCCCGAGAACGAAAGCACUUCGCUCUGGUUGACUAACCUUCCGCCUAAGUGCACUCAUCAGAUGCUCCUAGGCGCUAUCCGCAACUGCGGGAAGAUCUACGCCGCAGUCAUCAACCCGCCCAGCGAGUCUACUGGCCGCUUCAGACAGCGAGCUCCCCAUACAACCUCGGCGUCUAAGCUCGUCUUCUUCGACCGCUCCGGCGUCGACAACCUUCUCGCCAAGUCAGAGGCAGGCGAGUUCUCCGUGGAAGGCUACGUCCCCAAGCUUAAGAUGAACCGCAUCAGAUCGGCACCGCGCGACCCGAGCCCGCACUGUCGCGUCCUACAUAUCGAAGGCCCUAACUGCAUCGUGAACGAGCCGUUCCUCCACGCCUUCUUCCGGUCCAAGUUCAACUAUGAACUCGAGGCCGUCCUGACGUUGUCUAUUAACAGCUUGUACACCCGUCAGGAGUGGCGCUUUGGAAGCUUUCGCUGCCAAGCCGAGUCUGCGCGUCAGUCCAUUGCGCGAGAGAAGAUCCGAACGGACUUGUCUGAGCUCGAUACUCUAAACUGGAGGGAGGUCCAAGUCUACUUUGGCGUCGACCCUUGCGCUCCUCCGCCGGGUUUCUCUCCAUAAUCGCUUCAUCUGCUUGUCUCCUCUAUGUCGCUUAGAAUGGUGACAAAGGAGUAUUGCUUACGGCUUGAGCACAUUUGGCCUGUUCGGCCCAUUGAUACGACCAGUCGCCACUGCGGUCUCCUUUAUUGAAGCUCAUGACCAUCGGGGUUAUUAAUAUUAGACUGGGAUAUGCAUAACAUAAAAGCAUGGACUAGAUAUUAGAUGGAAUAGUAUCUUCCAUAAAGUAAUAAAACCCCAGAUUAACCCCAAAGGCGUAUUUGAUAUAUGGUACUAUAUAUCUUUAAUUAUUUUGAUUUGAUAUCGUGUUGUUUGUUGGAGUGGCAACAGUGUUGCCGUGUAUUACGUAAUACGAAAGGUAGGAAAUAACAAGGUAAUUCGAAUAGAGUGGUC